AUGACGCGGAAAAAGAAGGAGAGAGGAGGAGAGGUGAUUGGAGAGCGAGAGAGCGCUCUGCUGAUGCUGGAGGCGGGAGGGGGCAGAGAAAGGGCGGGGCUUACUUGCUGGGGGGCAGUGAAGAGGCGGGGCUUCCUUUCAGAAGGAGGAGCAACCGCUCAACUGAUGCUGGUACUGGGAGCGCUAGAGAGGCGGGGCCAGAGAAGGGGCGGGCCUUCUGUGCAGGAGGAGGAGGAGGUGAUGGGGGAUGGCGGCUGUUGCUGGAGGGGCGUGAUUGAUGGAUUGAUCUUCCCCCUUUUCCUCUCCAGGAGUUCCCGGUCCUUCCCUGCCUUGGAACCCUUUUCACAACAGCCCUGCUAGGUAGGCCGUUAUAG